CAUUGGCGGGACAGACAUUGUGGACGGGAACCACAAACUGACCUUGGGUUUGAUCUGGAGUAUUAUUCUUCACUGGCAGGUGAAAGACAUCAUGAAGGACAUCAUGUCCAACCUUCAGCAGACCAACAGUGAGAAGAUCCUGCUGAGCUGGGUACGCCAGUGCAGCCGAUCCUACCCGGAGGUCAACGUCCUCAACUUCACCACCAGUUGGGCCGAUGGCCUGGCCUUCAAUGCCAUCCUACACCGCUUCAGGCCCAAUGUAUUCAGCUGGGAGCAGGUGGUCACACUGAGCCCUGUGGAGAGACUGGACCACGCCUUCACUGUAGCAAAAGACCAGCUGGCCAUUGAGCGGCUACUGGACCCUGAAGACGUGGCGGUGCAGCUGCCAGAUAAGAAGUCCAUCAUAAUGUAUGUGACGUCGCUGUUUGCUGCCUUGCCCCACGACGUCAGCAUGGAAGCCAUCAGAGAGGUGGAGACCCUGCCGCGCAAAUACAAAGCAGAGGCUGCGGAUUCGGGCCCGGGUCUCAGCACUCAGGGCUUGACUAUGGAGGUGGAGGAGGCAGGGAGCAGCCCCCGGCCAGAGACCCCCAGCACUCUGACGGAGACAGAAGGGGAGACGGAGGGCAGUCUCCUGGAGGUGGACUUGGACAGCUAUCAGGCCACUCUGGAGGAGGUGCUGACCUGGCUGCUGUCGGCUGAGGAUGCCCUGUAUAUGCAGGAGGAGGUGUCUGACGAUGUGGAGGAGGUCAAGGAGCAGUUUCACACACAUGAGGCCUUCAUGAUGGAGCUGACAGCACAUCAGAGCAGCGUGGGUAACGUGCUGCAAGCAGGUAACCAACUGAUCGCCCAGGGUAACCUGACAGAGGAAGAGGAGGAUGAGAUCAGGGAGCAGAUGAGCCUGCUGAAUUCCCGCUGGGAGAGCCUCCGAGUGGCCAGCAUGGACCGGCAGGCCAGGCUCCAUGAGGUCCUAAUGGAUCUUCAGCAGCAGCAGUUGCAACAGCUCUCUGAUUGGCUGACCCAGACUGAAGAACGAAUUAGAAAGAUGGAGACGGAACCAGUGGCGGGAGACCUAGAAGGCUACAAGGCACAGUUAGAGCAACACAAGGAGCUUCAGAGUGACCUGGAGGCAGAGCAGGUGAAGGUAAACUCUCUGACACACAUGGUAGUGGUGGUGGAUGAGAACAGCGGCGAGAGUGCCACAGCCGCACUAGAAGAGCAAUUACAAUCUUUGGGUGAGCGCUGGGCAGCUGUGUGCCGAUGGACAGAGGAGAGAUGGCACAAGCUUCAGGAAAUCCUCAUGGUGUGGCAACAGCUUCUGGAGGACCAGAGCUUGUUUAAAGUGUGGCUGUCAGAGAAAGAGGAGGCCUUGCAUGAAGUCCAGACCAGCAGCUUCAAGGACCACACUGAAAUGAAUGCAAAUGUGCGCCGAUUAGCAAUCCUGAAGGAAGACAUGGAGAAGAAGAGGAGGACCCUGGACCAGCUCUCAGAUGCAGGACAGGAUGUGACAUCACUGCUGCAGAGUCCCGUGGCGGGAGCCAAGAUUGAGGGAGACACGGAGGAGCUGGCCCAGAGAUGGGACAACCUAGUCCAGAAGCUGGAGGACUGUUCCUUCCAGGUAAUGGAGGCAGUGACCAGUGGCUCCAUGGCUCAGAUGGAAGAGGAGGUUGUCACGGAUACAGUUGCUCUGGCAGCGGCAGCUGUCAUGGCUGAUCAGGAGCUAGCACCACCCGCCCCCCCAAAGAGACGACUGCUGGAGACGGAUGUUGAAGUCAGACGAGUGUUGGAAAGUAACCUAAGUGACCUGUUGAGCUGGAUGAAAACAUGGAAGGCCUCGGCUCAGGCCUUGGCAUCCAAGUCCCCCGGGACUACCCCUGAACCAGCAGACCUGCAGGGAGAACUCAAGACCUUAGAGCUGGAAUUCUCAUCAAAGGAACCCAUGAUCGCUCAGGUGACCCAAGAAGGACGCAUCUUGAUGGACCAGCUAGAGAGAGAGGGGGUUAGCGUGGACUCUGUGAGGGCAGACAUAGAUCUGAUCCAAACUGAGAGGGAUGUGUGUGUGAGGGAGCUGCAGGCGGCCCAGGAGCGGGUCCGUGUCCAGAACCGAGUCAGCGCUGUGUCCGCGGAGCUGGCUGAUCUGGACCAGGCCUUGGGAGAACAGGACAAGUGGCUGAACUCGACUUCUGUGGUGGAAACGCUGGAUGAGGACCAACUUAAAGCCCUGAGUGGAGAUUGUCAGUCCCGAUUGGUCCAGGUGUCUUCCCUGAGCCCACGAUUGGAGGAGCUGUCCACUGAGGUGGGGUCACUGGGGGCCACGCCAACUCUGAGAGACAACGUACUGGUGGUCUCGGCCCACCACGCUUCCACACUGCAGCAGCUACAGAACAGAGAUCAAGUGGUCAAUGAAGCCUUGGCCAGCCUUCAGGCCGUGUUCAACCAGACAGUGACAGACCCAGUGGAGGGCCUUGAGGCCAGGCUGGCAACGCUGAGAGAGGGCAUAGUGGACAUCCCGACCACGGAGGCAGCAGUGGAGCGGGCACAGGGUCUGUGUAUCGAGAUAGAGCAAACACAGCAGGCCUCAGACUUGGAUGAACUACAAAGAUGGAGUCAGCUUUCCUCCAAGGCCCGUGAUGAGCUGGGCACGCUGCAGUGCAUCCUGGGUAGCCUGAAAGACAACAAGGUGCGCGUGGUGGAGGUGGAACGAUGGCUGGACACAGUGCAGGAACUGUUGUCAAGGGAUGGUACUGGGCAGAGUGACACAGAGAGGCUACAGGAAGAGCUUAACCAAUGCAAGGAGUACGUGAAUGAGAUGGAAACAGUGGAAAGUUCAUUGAAGCAGAUGAGAGAGAAUGUAUGUGCGGUUCAGGGCACUGCAGUACCAGGUCUGGCCAACUGGGGGCAGGCCAAGCUGGAUGAGUGCCAGGGCAGGUGGGAUACGCUCAGCAAACAGCUGCUGAGCCACCAAGAGCGCGUGGCAGAAAGUCAGGAGAGGCAGGUGAACCUGAGGAAGGAUUUGGCAGAGAUGCAGGAGUGGAUGACCCAGGUGGACGAGGAGUUCCUCAUGAGAGACUUUGAGUACAAGAGUCCUGAGGAGCUUGAGGGCGCACUGGAAGAGAUGAAGAGGGCUAAAGAGGAUGUGCUGCAGAAGGAGGUGAGGGUGAAGAUCCUGAAGGACAACAUCAACACAUUAGUGUCCAGAACAUCAUCCCUUGGUGGCAGUAGUGGACAGGAGCUGACCUCGGAACUGGGGGGAGUGCUGGCCAACUACCACAAGCUUUGUGACCGGUUCAAGAGCAAGUGCCACACUCUGGAGGAGGUGUGGUCCUGUUGGAUGGAGUUGCUUCAGUACUUGGAUCUGGAGCAAGCUUGGCUUAACACUUUGGAGGAGAAAGUCCAGGCUACUGUCAAUGUUCCGGAGAGCACCGAGGCCGUCAAUGAAGCCCUUGAGUCUCUGGAGGGUGUGCUUCGACAUCCCGGGGAUAACAGGACUCAGAUCAGGGAGCUGGGUCAGACGCUGAUAGACGGAGGCAUACUGGAUGAACUGAUUAGUGAGAAACUAGAGGCCUUCAACUCGCGCUACGAUCAGCUCAGCCACCAGGCCGUGAACAGGCAGAUCAGCUUGGAGCAACAGCUUCAGACGCUGAGGGAGAACGAGCAGGCUCUCCAGACGCUGCAGGAGUCUCUGAGCCAGCUGGACCACACACUCACCUCAUACCUCACCGACCGCAUCGACGCAUUCCAGCUCCCACAGGAGGCACAGAACAUCGGAGCAGAGAUUGCAGCUCACGAGGUGACGGUGGAGGAGAUGAGGAGGAGGAACGUGGCCAACCUGCCUCCCGCCUCCGGCGAUGCCAAGGCUGCCCGUGGAGGGACCAUGUUGGACCAGCUCCAGAGGAAGCUGAGGGAGAUCUCCACCAAGUACCAGCUGUUCCAGAAGCCCGCUAACUUUGAGCAGCGCAUGCUGGACUGUAAGAGGGUCCUGGAUGGGGCGAAGGCUGAGCUGCACAUUUUAGAUGCCAGGGACGUGGAACCUGACAAGAUUCAGACCCACCUUGCUGGCUGCAUGAAGCUAUACAAGUUGCUGAGUGAGGUGAAGCUGGAGGUGGAGACGGUGAUAAAGACAGGCAGGCAGAUAGUCCAGAAACAGCAAACAGAGAAUCCCAAGGCCAUGGACGAACAACUCACUGCCCUCAAACUGCUUUACAAUGACUUAGGGGCACAGGUGACGGAGGGAAAGCAGGACCUGGAGAAGGCUCUUUCUCUGUCUCAGAAGUACCACAAGGAGAGCACCGCCCUGCAGGACUGGCUGACCACCACAGAGGCUCCGCUCCAGCAGAAGAACAACUCAGGAGACAUGCCGGCUGACAUUGAUGCUGAGAUUGCAUGGGCUAAUGGUCUGCUGAAGGAGUCGGAGCGGCGCAAGGCGGAGCUGUCCAGCCUGAUGGAGACCAGCGCCAGUCUUCAGACUCUGGUGGAGGGGAGUGAGUCUCAGCUGGAGGACAGGCUCUGUGGCCUCAAUGAGGGCUGGGGUCGCAUCCGGACCUGGACUGAGGAUUGGCUUAGUGCUGUGCUGAGCCAUCAGAGUGAGGUGGAGAUCUUCGACGAGAACCUAGCUCACAUCAGCACCUGGCUUUACCAGACCCAGAUACACCUGGAUGAGGCCGAGAGGCUGGCUCCCGCAGAGAGGGAGAGGGUGGUCAAGCGUAUGCUGGUGGAGCUGGAGGACCUCAGUCUGCGUGUGGACAGUGUGAGGGACCAGGCCGUCAUCCUAAUGACCAGCAGGGGGCCUGCUUGUCAGGAUGUGGUUGAGCCCAAACUAGCAGAGCUCAACCGCAACUUUGAUAAAGUCUCCCAACACAUUAAGGCUGCAAAGUCAAUGACAAGUCUGGAGCCUGAUGAUGAAGAGGGGAUUCCAUGGGCAGCACAACAGCAGGUCCUCCAGAGCCCGAUCGAGAGCCGGAGCCAGGCCGGUCCUGUAGGGGCUCAGAAGACCAGGGAGGCGCAGGACCUCCAGGCAGAGCUCUUAGACACACUCAGGAUUCUGCAACAUCAGCAGGACCCCACACACAUCCUGGACGAUGACAAGAUGGAUGAGGAGAAGGCCAGCGUGGAGGACCUGCUGAGGAGAGGAGAGGAGAUGCUCCAGCACACUGUGGACGUGGGGCAGGUGGAGGAGCUGAGGCUGCUGUUGCUGAGGCUGCAGAGCCAGUACUCUGCUCACAGGGAGUUGAGGGUACAGCGAAGUAAGCAGGUGGACGUCUCUGUGGAGUCUUCUUCCUCAUACAGCUUCACAGAACAGACAAGCGAGCUGUCUUCUAUGAUGUCACCGGUGGAGCAUAGCAGGGCCUCCUCGCUUAGUCCCUCUGACUACCUGCUGGACAUCAACAAGGUUCUCCUGGCCAUGGCAGACAAUGAGCUGCUGCUCAAUUCCUCAGAGCUCAGCGGGGGGUUGUACGAAGACUUCUCCAGCCAGGAGGACACACUCAAAAACAUCAAGGAGAGUCUGGAUCGUCUGGGUGAGCAGGUGACGGUGAUCCAUGAACGCCAGCCGGACGCCAUCCAGGAAGCCUCGCCCGCUGAGGUGGCCCAGAUUGGCGAUGCCCUGACCCAGCUCAAUGCUGAGUGGGACCGCCUUAACCGCAUGUACAACCACCGCAAGGGGACGUUCGACCGCGCCGUAGAGGAGUGGAGGCAGUUCCACUGCGACAUGAAUGACCUGAGCCAAUGGCUGACCGACACCGAGACACUGCUGUCUGAGAGCACCAGCCCCGACGGCCAGCCGGACCUGAGCACUGCACGGCACCACCAAGAGGAGCUGGAGGAAGGCCUGGCCAGUCACCAGCCUGUUCUGGCGGUUUUAACCCACACAGGGGAGAGGAUAAUCGGGCAGCUGUCGGCCCCUGACGGGCCUCUGCUGGAAGAGAAGCUGGAGGCUCUGGGCCAGCGCUGGAGCGACGUCAACCGGCAGGUUCUGGAUAGGCAGCGCAGGUUGGCUGCAGGGGACCCAGCUCUGUCAGAUCUGGUGAGGAGGAGUGGUGAGCUGGCCCUGUGGCUGGAGCAGGCAGAGAGCGCCGCCAGCUCUCUGCCCGUCACUGCCUCGGAGAAAAAAUUCAAAGAACUCAAGGCCUUGGCAGAGGAAAUGGAUGCGCAGAACGAGCGUCUUGCUUGGCUGAACAAGCAUGCCCCUCAAAUUCUGGCCAGUUCCAGCGUCAGCUCACAAGACAGAGACCUGCACAUCAGCAAGCUGCGAGCCAUCAACCUCAACUGGAGCCAGCUCACCGCUCGCCUCCCUAUGCCCCGCCAUCCGUCGUUUUCUUCAUCCAUACCUUCUUCUUCUGCCCCUGCCUUCUGCUCCCCCACUCCUCACCUGCAGGUGACCCGGGAGCUGCUGGAUAAGGCAGGAGAGGUGGAGGAGAACCUGCAAAGUCACGGCCAGUUCCAGGACAGGAUGAACAGACUGACCGACUGGGUUCUAGUCACUCAUCAGACUCUCACAUCCAAAGGCCUCAGCCCCACCCAGGCACAGGUGCUGGAGGCCUCUAUGAAGGAUAGGAAGAGAGACUUGGAGGACCUGUUGGCUCGAUCUAUAGAACUUCAGAGACGACAGCAGCUUUUGCCACAGGAGAAGAGUAAGGUAGAGCAGCUGGCCGCUGACUGGAAGGCCCUGGACAGCCAGCUGAGAGAAUCCCUCCAGCAACCUGUUUCUCCAUGGACUCAACAUGUGGUUCAGCAGCAGCUUGUGUCCUCUGUGCCCUCUGCAGUCCAGAUGGCCAGUCUGUUAAGUGAGGAUCCUCGCCACGAGACCCCCCAUACCCUGGACACCGUGGCACCCACAGACCUCAAUGAGACGGCCACAGAGCUGGCUGACUGGCUUCUACUCAUCACUCAGAUGCUCAAGUCCAACAUCGUUACUGUUGGAGACACGGAGGAGAUCAGGACCACUGUGGGACGUCUCCAGGUGACUAAGAGUGACCUGGAGCAGCGACACCCACAGCUUGAGGACAUUUUCACCCUGGCCCAGAACAUCAAAAACAAGACCUCCAACCUAGACGUUCGCACAUCCAUUACUGAGAAAUUGGAGAAGGUGCGCAGUCAAUGGGACAGUACGCAGCAUGGUGUGGAGGCACGACUUAAGCAGCUGGACAACAUGAUUGGACACAGUAUCCAGUGGGAGGAGCAGAGGCAGGAGGUGAAAGCCCUGAUUGGGCACAAUGAGGGGCGUUUCCACAACCUGCUCCAGCAGUCCAGAGACCCCCUGACCAAACAGCUUAUGGACAACAAGGCAUUCCUCCAAGACCUGGACCGAGGCCAAGCCAUUGUGGCUGCCUUCAAUGAACUGUCCAGUCAGCUUCUGCGGGAGUACUGCACUGACGAUACCAGGAGGAUCAAGGAGGUCACAGACAUACACAACGCAGCCUGGAACAGCAUCAACAACAGGGCAAGUGACCGGCAGGCCCAGUUGGACUGUGAGCUGAAGAGCCUACAGACCUCUCUGAGAGAACUUGAGGCCUUCCUGAAAUGGCUUCAGGAGGCAGAGACGACUGUCAACGUUUUGGCUGAUGCCUCCCAGAGGGAGGAGCUAUCGCAGGACUCCACCCACAUCAAGGAGCUAAGAGGACAACUAGAGGAUAUCCAGGCUGAGAUUGAUGCACACAAUGACAUCUACAAGAGCGUGGAUGGAAACAAAUCGAAGAUGGUCAAGGCCCUGGGCAGCUCUGAAGAGGCUGUGUUCCUCCAGCACCGACUUGAUGACAUGAAUCAACGCUGGAGCGACCUCAAGGCUAAGUCGGCCAAUAUCCGGGCACACUUGGAGGCCAGUGCUGAGCGUUGGUCUCGUCUGCUGGGCCUCCUGGAGGAGCUAUGGAGGUGGAUCUGUAUGAAGGAUGAAGAGCUGGCCAAGCAGAUGCCGAUUGGAGGAGACGUGCCCACCCUGCUGCAGCAGCAAAACCACUGCACGGCAAUAUGUUCAGAGCUGAAGGAGCGUGAGCAUUUGGUGAUCACUACUUUGGACCAGGCUCGGCUGUUCCUUGCUGACCAGCCCAUUGAGGGCCCCGGGGAGCCACGCAAGAAUCUGCAGCCCAAAACUGACCUUAGCCCAGAAGAGAAGGCCCGCGGAGUGGCCCGGGCCAUCCGCAAGCAGACAGGUGAGGUGCGGGAGCGUUGGGAGCGACUGAAAGGACAUGUGGGCGGCUGGCAGAACCAGGUGGAGCGAGCCCUGGAGCGCCUCCAGGAGCUCCAGAGCUCCAUGGACCAGCUGGACCUUCGGCUUUCCCGGGCUGAAGAGGCCAAGGCAACCUGGCAGCCCGUAGGGGACCUGCUUAUAGACUCCCUGCAGGACCACAUCGACAGAACUAUGGUGUUCAAGGAGGAAAUCGCCCCCCUACGUCAGGACGUACGCUUAGUCAAUGAACUGUCGGCGGAGCUCGCUCCGAUGGAUGUCCAGCUGUCCUCCACCGCCUCCAGACAACUAGACCAACUCAACAUGAGGUGGAAACUGCUGCAGGUGGCAGUGGAGGACAGACUGAAGCUCCUUCAGGAAGCCCAUCGAGACUUCGGCCCCUCCUCCCAACACUUCCUCUCCACUUCUGUACAGCUCCCCUGGCAACGAGCAGUUUCUCAAAACAAGGUUCCAUAUUAUAUUAACCACCAGACACAAACGACCUGCUGGGACCAUCCAAAGAUGACAGAGCUCUACCAGUCACUAGCUGACCUGAAUAAUGUGAGAUUCUCCGCAUACCGAACAGCCAUGAAGAUCCGCCGACUCCAGAAAGCACUGUGCUUGGACCUGUUGGACCUGAGCGUGGCCCAGAGCACCUUUGAGCAGCACAAGCUGACCAACAACAGCCAGCUGCUGUCCGUGCCAGACGUCAUCAACUGCCUGACAUCUAUCUAUGACGGCCUGGAGCAGGAGCACAAAGACCUGGUCAACGUGCCUCUCUGCGUAGACAUGUGUCUCAACUGGCUGCUCAACGUCUAUGACACCGGUCGGAGUGGGAAGAUCCGUGUCCUGUCCAUGAAGAUAGGAUUACUGUCUCUCUCCAAAGGACAUCUGGAAGAGAAAUACAAAUACCUGUUCAGCCAGGUGGCAUCGGCUGGUGACACUUGUGACCAGAGACAGCUGGGCCUGCUGCUUCACGACGCCAUCCAGAUCCCCAGGCAGCUGGGCGAGGUGGCUGCCUUCGGGGGCUCCAACAUUGAACCCAGCGUCCGCAGCUGCUUCCAGCAUGUGACCAAUAAGGUGGAGCUGGAGCCCAGGCAGUUUAUUGAUUGGAUGCGUCUGGAGCCCCAGUCCAUGGUUUGGCUUCCGGUUCUGCACAGAGUGGCUGCUGCUGAAACGGCCAAGCACCAAGCCAAGUGUAACAUAUGCAAGGAGUGUCCCAUCGUCGGCUUCAGAUAUCGCAGUCUGAAGCACUUUAACUAUGACGUGUGUCAAAGUUGCUUCUUCUCCGGGCGCACUGCCAAGGGCCACAAGCUCAACUACCCCAUGGUGGAAUACUGCACACCGACCACAUCAGGUGAGGACAUGCGGGACUUCACCAAGGUCCUCAAGAACAAGUUCCGCUCUAAGAAGUAUUUUGCAAAACACCCACGGCUUGGCUACCUUCCAGUGCAGACAGUCCUAGAGGGGGACAAUAUGGAAACUCCAGUCACCCUCAUCAGCAUGUGUCCGGAGCAGUAUGAGCUGUCCCAGUCACCUCAGCUAUCUCAUGAUGACACCCAUUCCAGGAUAGAGCAGUAUGCCAGCAGGUUGGCCCAAAUGGAGCGUUCCAAUGGAUCCCUUCCUACAGACAGCAGCUCUGCCACGGGCAGCAUGGACGACGAGCACGCCCUGAUACUGCAGUACUGCCAGACCCUGGGGGGGGAGGGCUCCCCCUGCAGUCAGCCCCAGAGCCCCGCGCAGAUCCUCCAGGCCGUGGAGAGGGAGGAGCGAGGCGAGCUGGAGCGAAUCAUCGCCCGCUUGGAGGAAGAACAGAGAACUCUCCAGAAGGAGUAUGAGCAGCUGAAGGAACAGCACGGCCAGCGAGGAGCCCCUCCUGGGGGCCAGUGGGAUUCUGAGGGCUCCUCUACCCACCCCGAUGAAGCGGACCUCCUGGCUGAGGCCAAACUGCUGCGUCAGCACAAGGGCCGCCUAGAGGCCCGCAUGCACAUCCUGGAGGAACACAACAAGCAGCUGGAGUCUCAGCUCCACCGCCUCCGACAGCUGCUGCACCAGCCGGAGGUAGAUUCAAGGGUAAAUGGGGUGUCCUCUCCCAAUGUGAUAGACCAAGGACCACUCAAUGAAACCUCAGAUGAGCUGCUGGACCCCCACAAUAGUAGCUCUGACCUGGCGGAUGUAAUGGAGCAGAUUAACAACAGCUUCCCUGCAUGCAGUUCCUCAAGUCUCUCCUCAAGACCGCAGGUGAUGUGAGAACAGUUGCCGCAGAGGACGGGCGGGCAUGUCUGUUUGCAGCGUGUGUCUUAAGAAACAGGAGCAUUCCCAAACACACAGACUUUCUGUCUCCUCUCCAUCCCUCUCUGCAGCCGAGGGCAGAUGGAGAGCUCAUCCCUCGCCCCUUAGCCAGUCGAUCUCAUCCUAAAACCCAAAGACACACAGGACCAGAGAAACUUAACUUACUAUUACCACCUUGUUGUCUUGUACUAUGCAAACUGUACAUUUUAUGAACUGUAGAUUGUACCUGAAGUUGGUUUGAAACAUUUGUCAGUGAUUUGUUUGGAUGUGCCGAUGAUUGAAAGGGUUGGGGGGGGGGGGGGGCUUUGUAUAGUGGAAUAUGCUUUUUGUUGCUUUGAGGAGUGCUUCCUAACCUUUGACCUCAGGACCUCCUCCACCCCCAUCCUAAGUCCCGCUGGUUUGUCUGUUUUGUCAUGUAUUUAAUAACAUUCACAUAGAAAACCAGCAGUACUGGGGGUGGGGGUGGGGGGUCCCAGGUACCAGAGUUGAGAACCACUGAUUUAGCAGGUGGGGUGGGAUUUGUGUGUAUUGUUUUCUUUCUUUUCACCUUUUGUUCAGCCUUUACUGGGAAUCAAACUGUUACAUGUUUUCGGCCAAUCCACUGCUACCAUUCUCCUGCUUUCUACCCCACCGCCCCACCUCCCGCUGGCAUCAUCACAAGGGACAUAGCCACAGAUUUUGUUCUGAUUUUGAGAGAAAACGGUUGUUUAUGACUGAUGAGAAUAAAUGAGUUGCUCCCACGAUGUAGAAAGACCGCAAAGCAUCUUUCUUUCUACGGUCGGUCUUGUAGCAUGCCUGAUGUCAUGUUCCCCUUUAAAAAGUAUUGAUGGCGGUGACGACGCCGACCACAAUUUGUUGACGUAAACUUGACCCCUUCUGUGCCUAUACAGUUGUCAUUCCACACGUGGAAAGCGGAGAGAACGGCUGAUAAAAUUAAGAGUUGGAUCGUGUAUAAAGGAGAGCGGUUUUAGAAAGUAUAGAUUUAAUUUGAACCUAAAAGUCGUUUCCAUAUUUGGGUUCGCAACAGGCCUACAGUCACCACGUAGAAUAGUUUUGUAUUGAAUAAGAAAAGAUCUAUGUUGGAGAAUCAGAAGAAAGCCAUGAUUGCCUUGCUACCUCAGAAUCAUAGACACAGUUUUGUUUGCGUGGUUGGUAAACUUGUUUAACUGAACAAUUUACUUGUGCUCCUACACAGCGUACAACAAGCGACCUGGUUUAGCGUUCCAAGCUUGUGCUUCCUGUAUUGGUGUGCACUGCAAUGAGGAGAUACCAAGUGAGCCAAAAAAAUAAUGUUUUGUUGCUGUACCACGAUGAGUCUGUGGCCUACUGAAGCUAGCCGCACCUCAUGAUGAGUAUUACUGUCGUUCUCUGUUGUUGGGUUUUAUUUUCUCCCACUGGCCUUCUAGCACUGGUCCCUCACUGCGUUGUGUUGUUGUGCUGUAUGCUAUCCUGUAAAACUUGUGAGAUUAAACAACACUACUAUAACCACCUCCAACUGUGGACUGACAAUGUUGACAUUAAUUAUGAUGAUGAUGAUGAUGAUGAUGAUGACCGUCAUGAUCACAAUAGAGAUGAACCGUACCAUGGUAGAACUGUGUCGUAUCUCCUGAGGUAUGUAGAAUAGAAUGACCACAUCACGUGUAAUAUGGCUACAUUGUUUUAUUCUAAAUAAAAUUUUUAUAA